AUGCAGUCCUGGAAGAACUUCUCCGCGGCCCUCCCCACGGUCGACGUCUCGGCCCUCAACAAGAACCUCCGCAACACCGUCCAGGCCACUCGUGAGCGCCUUGGCUCUGUUGGCCCCGAGGGUAUCACCGAGCUUCCUGCCGAGUACAAGACCCUUGAGGCCCGCGUCGACGCGCUCAAGGACGUUCACCAGAAGCUCCUCAAGAUCACCAAGGUGUACGAGACCGAGUCGUACGACUACCCUUCGGACAUUGCCGAGAACCUCACCGAGGUUGGCCACCAGGCGCAGGCCGCUUGGUCGACGUUCGCCAACAAGAACCUCAAGAACACCAACCUCCCCAUCCCCAUCCCCGCCGAGAAGGCCAAGGGUACCGCCCAGCCCAAGACUCUGCCGCACGCUCUGUCGCGCGCCGCCCUGGCCGGUGCCACCGAGCUCGGCGCCGAGGACAGGCUCGGUGCCGCUCUGGGUACUUAUGCCCAGGCCAUGGACAAGGUCGGCGAGGCCCGCAUCUCGCAGGACGGCGUCAUUGCCGAGCGCUUCGUGACCCCCUGGCAGGCGACUCUGUCCACCUCGAUCGGCCUGGCCCUCAAGGCCCGCGCCAACGUCAAGACUGCCCGCCUCGAGCUCGACUCUGCCCGUGCCGGCCUCAAGAACGCCGCGGCCGCCAAGCAGGAGCAGGCGCGUCUCCACGUCGAGGAGGCCGAGGACAAGCUCGUCCAGGCCACCGAGACCGCCAUCGGCCUCAUGAAGGCCGUCCUCGAGAACCCCGAGCCUCUCCAGAAUUUGUCGUCGCUCGUCAAGGCCCAGCUCAUCUUCUUCUCCACCGCCGCCGAGACUCUGAGCGGCAUCCAGGGCGAGAUCGAGGAGGCCGCCACCGCCGCCGAGGGCGAGUACCGUACCUCGCGCGGCGCCUAG